AGGAAAGUAUCAACUUGGUCAGAUUUUAUUUUUGUCCGUAAGCUAUAUUUAGUCCGCCAUAUUGAUCUCUCGGCCCGGAGAUCCAACCAAGCUUAAACCUGACGUAUGAACCGUGGUACAAACUCUCUCCCAUAUACCAAUUAGUUGCCGCCGCGUUGAAUCAUGCAACAACAGUCUACCAAAGACACGAUUCUCUCCCGUGGACACAUCGAAACCCUAAUUGCACAGGGCCAGUCGAUUAUUAUCGUGAACCAGAAGGUCUUUCGGGUGGAUGCCUGGAUUCCGUAUCAUCCUGGCGGACAGAAGGUCAUCCAGCAUGUUGUUGGAAAGGAUGCAACGGAUGAGUUUACUAUAUUCCACUGUGAAGAGACGCGACAGAUGAUUGGGAGGUAUCAAAUUGGGCGGAUUGCGGGACGAUGGACGAAUUUCGUGCCGCCAAUUCAAGGGGGAGUUUUUCGGUCGGACGACGAAAGAAAUGAUGAUGAUGAAUCGACUAUCUUAGUCAAGGCACAGCAAGAUGCUUCCUCAACUGGGCUCAAAGCCCCCACUGUUGAUGUGGACAUCCACAAAAGAUGCAGCCAGCCUGAGCCAGGGGAGAAUAUGGUCCCUCAAGACGGAAUGACCUUUCUCGACACGCAAACAAAAGAAGAGAUCAAACUCACCCUAUCCAAAUAUCCACCUUUGGACUCUGCCACUCAGGACGAAAUCAUUGCCAAAUACCGACUGCUGCACACGCAAAUCCACAACGAAGGCCUCUACAACUGCCACUACACAGCGUACGUCUGGGAAUUCGCCCGCUGCUCCCUCCUGUUCGGGACCAUGCUCUUCUUCCUGCGCAUCGGCUGGUACAACACCAGUGCGCUCUUCCUAGCCUGGUUCUGGUCCCAAAUGGUCUUCGCCGCCCACGACGCUGGCCAUAUCGGAAUCACCCAGAACUAUACGAUCGACAGUCUAAUCGGAAUGACGAUCGCCGCACCCAUCGGUGGCCUCUCCCUAGGCUGGUGGAAACGCAGCCACAACGUCCAUCAUAUCGUCACGAACGCGCCCGAACAUGACCCCGACAAUCAACACCUCCCCUUCCUAGCCGUCAACCACCGCUUCCUCGGCAACAUCUUCUCCACCUACCACGAACGACUUCUGGCUUACGACCAGGUCGCCCAAGCCCUCGUCCCCUACCAAGCCUACCUCUACUACAUCGUCCUGCUCUUCGGCCGCUUCAAUCUCUACGUCCAAUCCUGGCUCUUCCUCCUCAAAGGCCAAGGACCUCGCAAGGGCCCCGCCCAAUGGCACCGCUGGUUCGAGAUCGGCGGAAAUCUAAUCUUCUGGCUCUGGUUCGGCUACGGUAUCCUCUACAAAUCCAUUCCAACACCACUUGCCCGCAUCUCGUUCGUCUCGAUCAGCCACAUGGCCACAAUGCCCCUCCACGUUCAAUUCACCGUCUCCCACUUUGCAAUGUCCACAACCGACCUCGGACCGAACGAGUCCUUCGCCCAGAAAAUGCUCCGCACAACAAUGGACGUCGACUGUCCGCCCUGGCUGGACUGGGUCCACGGCGGACUGCAGUUCCAGGCCAUCCACCAUUUGUACCCCCGCGUGCCGCGCCAUAAUUUGCGCAGGACGCAGGCGUUGGUUAUGGAGUUUUGUCGGGAUGUGGGUAUCCCGUAUGCGCUUUAUGGGUUCGUGGGUGGGAAUCGGAAGGUCCUGGGUGGUUUGGCGGAGGUGGCGAGGCAGGCGGCCAUUUUAGACAAGUGUCGCAGGACGGUUGCUGAGAGGGGGGAUUUGGUCUGGGGGAGGUAGAGGUU